AAAGGGAAUUCUCUCUCUCACUCCCUCUCUCUCUCUCUACCUCUCUCUGCUGCUCUUCGUCUCCCUCUCUCUCUCUCUCUCUCUCUCUCUCUCUCUCUCUCCUCACUGGCUGCACAUCAGCUCUCUAGGUAGACUUGAGUAAACAUUCUAAGAGAACAGAGAGAAGGUGGAAGAUGACAGAGCUGUCAGCGCUCUGAAAGAUUCAGACUGGUGAGAACAUUUAUCAGGGCUGGCUGAUAAGGCUCAGCGCUGCUUCUGCUUCAAUUUUCUCAUCAGUGGAACGGCUGUGACCAUUGUGUGUGAGGACAAGAACAGCUAUUUGAUAUCUGGACAGACCAUAUUCUGAACGUAGGAGCUACAUCCACAGACGCUGCAUGAUGGGGUUGAGAGGCUUUCUCUUAGGCUGCAUGACUGUGGCCCUGCUACUCGAGUUCUCCACUGCUGGCCUGGUCAAGAAGAUAAUCCGUCACCGUAGAGAGGCUCUGAUGCCCAAGAAAACCCAGGAGAACCUCACUCUGCCUCACCCUGACCAGCCAGUAGUGUUCAACCACGUAUACAACAUCAAUGUUCCCUCUUCGUCCCUCUGCUCCGUGGACCUCGACUCACCAGGAGGCACUGAGCUCAAACAUAAGAGCCCCCCGACAGACAUGCAGAACACCGAGCACAUGGAGCACACAGAAGAUGGCGACAAUCAGAUCGUUUUCACACACCGCAUCAGUAUCCCCAAACAGGCCUGUGGCUGUGACCACCAGCUGCCAGACAUCAAGGAUAUCCUCAACAGGCUGGAGAUGCUGGAGUCUGAGCUGUCCAGUCUGAGGGAGCAGUGCAACAGUGGGCCAGGCUGCUGUGGAGCUCAAGUUACAGGUGAAGUAUCCACAAAGCCCUACUGUAAUGGUCGAGGGAACUGGAGCACUGACACCUGCAGCUGCAUAUGUGAGUCUGGGUGGAAGGGCCCAAACUGCACUGAACCUGAGUGCCCCAAUGACUGCCAGGACCAGGGCCGCUGUGUGGAUGGCAAAUGUGAGUGCUUUGAAGGCUUUGGCGGUGAUGACUGCGGUAUUGAGCUCUGCCUGCUGGACUGUGGGGACUACGGCCACUGUGUUGAAGGCUCCUGUCUCUGUGAGGAGGGUUUCAUCGGUGAGGACUGCACCCAGACCAACUGUCUCAACAACUGCCUGGACCGAGGGCGCUGUGUGGAUGAUGAGUGUGUUUGCGACAAGCCAUGGACGGGCUUUGACUGCUCUGAACUCAUCUGUCCAAACGACUGCUAUGACCGCGGACGCUGCAUCAAUGGCACCUGCUACUGUGACACGGGGUACACUGGAGAAGACUGUGGUGAGCUCACUUGUCCUGGCAACUGUAACAGCCGCGGCAUGUGCCUGAAUGGCCAGUGUAUGUGUCAGACUGGCUACAGUGGAGAGGACUGCUCGAAACUCACCUGUCCCAGUAACUGCAAUGAGAGAGGCCAUUGCUUCAAUGGGAAGUGCAUCUGCGACCCAGGAUUUGAAGGUGAAGAUUGCUCCAUACUCUCGUGCCCUGACAACUGCAGCAACAGAGGCCAAUGCAUUAACGGAGAAUGCGUAUGUGAUUUAGGUUUCCACGGCGAAGACUGUAACGAGAUUUCAUGCCCUAACAAUUGCCAAGACCGGGGGCGCUGUGUUAACGGACAGUGCAUUUGUGACAAAGGUUAUGCCGGGGAAGACUGCACCAUCAAGACAUGUCCGAAAAACUGCAUGGGACGUGGAGAGUGUGUGGACGGCAAGUGCAUGUGCUUUGUCGGGUUUAAGGGAAAAGACUGCGGUGAGCUGACCUGCCCUAAUGACUGCCUGGACCGUGGUCACUGUGUGAAUGGACAAUGUGUUUGUCAUAAGGGUUUCUCUGGCGAGGACUGCAGCGAGAAGACCUGUCCCAAGAACUGUCUUGAUAGAGGUUACUGCGUCGAUGGCAACUGUGUGUGUUACGAAGGUUUCUCUGGGCCGGACUGCUCCUUACUGACCUGCCCAGAUGACUGCCAGAACCAGGGCCGCUGUGAGAACGGAGUGUGUGUUUGUGACGAAGGCUUCAUCGGGGAGGACUGCUCAGAGGUCUCACCCCCCAAGGACCUAACUGUGGUAGAGGUCACCCCAGAGAUGGUGGACUUGUCCUGGGAGAAUGAAAUGCGUGUCACUGAGUAUCUGAUCACAUACGUGCCCACUACCCCUGGAGGCCUGGAGCUAGACAUGCAGGUUCCUGGGGAUGUGAAGAUGGCCACAAUUCGGGAGCUUGAGCCUGGCGUGGAAUACCUGAUCAGUGUCUAUGCUGUGCUCAUCAACAAGAGGAGUGUUCCUGUCAGUGCUAGGGUGGCCACACAUCUACCAGAGCCUGAGGGACUCAAAUUCAAGUCGGUGCGGGAAACAUCAGUGGAGGUACAGUGGGAUCCUCUGGACAUUCCCUUCGACGGCUGGAACCUCAUCUUCAGAAACACAAAAGAGGAGGAUGGUGAGAUUCUGAACUCGCUCAGCCGUCCAGAGACCACCUUUGAGCAGUCGGGCCUGGGCCCUGGCCAGGAGUACGAGGUCAAACUGGAGGUGGUGAAGAACAACAAACGUGGUCCGCCUGCCUCCAAAAACAUUGUCACAAGGAUUGAUGCCCCCAGUCAGGUGGAUGUACGUGACGUGACGGAUACCACAGCACUGGUGACCUGGCUCCAGCCCGUGGCUGAGGUGGACGGGGUCACCGUGUCCUACGGGCCCAGCUCCAACCCUGCUGACCGCACCAUGGUGGAGCUGUCCUCCACUGACACCCAGUACCACCUGGGAGGUCUCACCCCCGACACCAAGUAUGAGGUGUCUCUGACGGCUCGGAGGGGAGAAUGGAGCAGCAUUCCUGUCCUUGAGUCUUUCCUUACAGCAUUGGAUGCCCCCAGAGACCUGCAGACAGUGGAGCUGACGGACGAGAGCAUUACUCUUGAGUGGAAGAACAGUCUAGCUCAGGUGGACAAGUACCGCAUCAAGUAUGGACCUCUGUCUGGAGGCGAGCAUGGAGAGCUACUUUUCCCCCCGGGACCCAAGGACAGCACCCAGGCCAAGAUCAGCGGACUGAGACCUGGCACAGAAUAUGGAAUGGGUGUGACUGCGGUGAAAGAUGAGCGGGAGAGUCUGCCGACGACUACCAAUGCAGUAACUGCCCUGGAUGCUCCCAAGGACCUGACUGUUGCCCAAGUGACAGAAACCACCAUGAUGCUGGAAUGGAAAUGCCCCCUGGCCAAACUGGACUCCUUCAGGCUGGUUUAUGUAUCUGCUGAUGGCCACAGGGCAGAGGAGGUGGUCCCAGGCAGCGCUGAGUCUCAUACCCUGCGGAGUCUUACACCUGGCAUGCUGUACACCAUCAGCAUCACUGCCGAGAGGGGCCGCAGGACCAGUGCACCUGCCACCAUCUCAGCACCGACAGAGGAGGAGAAGCCUGUGGUGACCAACGUCACUGUCAGCGAUGUAUCGUGGGACAGCUUCCUCCUGUCCUGGUCUGCUGAGGAUGGGGCCUUCCAGGCCUUUUUGAUUGAGAUUACAGACGCAGAGACGGGCGCCGAGUGGCACAACUACACGGUGCCCGCCCAUGCUCGCAGCCUCACCAUCUCUGGCCUGUCCCCCACCACCUGGUAUAGGGCCAAUCUGUAUGGGCUGUACAGGGGGGCCAUCUUAGAUCCUGUCUUUGCUGACACCAUCACAGAGGCUGAACCAGAGGUGCAGGCUCUCCUAGUCUCGGAUGUCACCCCUGAGAGCUUUAAGCUGGCCUGGAUGGCUGAAGAGGAUGCCUUGGACACCUUUGUCAUAAUGGUCAGCCAGGCUGAAGGCCCAGGCCAACCAAGAGAGCAGGUGCUGGGUGGCGAGGAGCGAAGUGCAACAAUCACAGAUCUCACAGAGGACACAGAGUACAAAAUUGAAAUCUUUGGGCUCAUUUUGGGAAGACGCUCCAAGUCUGUGCUGGAGGGGGUGAGAACAGACCUGGGUCCACCCAAGGGAAUCCGCUUCUCUGAUGUCACUGACACCUCUGCCACUGUUCACUGGGUGAUUCCAAGAGCUCGAGUGGACAGCUACAAGGUCACUUAUGUGCCUGCUCACGGAGGCAAUGCUAAGACACUGACAGUGGAUGGCUCAGAGUCUCAAACUGUGCUGUACAACUUGACCCCCGGGGUCACGUAUGAGGUCACUGUUGUCGCUGUCAAGGGUCAAAGGGAAAGUGAACCUGGUUCAGACAGCGUCACCACAGCGCUGGAUAAGCCCCGUGGUCUGACCGCGGUCAACAUCACCGACACAGAAGCUCUGCUGCUCUGGCAGCCUGCCAUUGCUACUGUCGAUGGCUAUGUCAUCACCUAUAGUGCAGACUCAGUGACUCCAGUGAUGGAGCGUGUUUCAGGAAAUGUUGUAGAGUUUGAGAUGAGCUCUCUGACGCCAGCCACACACUACACUGUGAAGGUCUAUGCUGUGAGGGACUUGGCCAAGAGCGCAGCCACGACAACUGAGUUCACCACUGAUGUGGAUGCCCCUCAUGACCUGACAGCCAGUAACAUCCAAACAGAGAGUGGCAUGCUGAGCUGGAAGCCGCCUCGCGCUGACAUUACCGGAUACAUCCUCAGCUUCGAGUCUGCAGAAGGCACCAUCCGGGAGGUGGUCCUGAGUCCCACUGCUGUCUCUUAUAACAUGGCUCAGCUCAGCGCCUCCACACAGUAUUCAGUCAAGCUGCAGGCCAUCGCUGGUCCUAAGAGGAGCAGAGUCAUCACUACUAUCUUCACCACCACUGGUGUGCUAUACAGACACCCCAGGGACUGCUCCCAGGCCCUGCUGAAUGGCGACACCUCAUCAGGCCUGUACACCAUCUAUCUGGGUGGAGAUGAGAGCCAGCCAGUCCAGGUCUACUGCGACAUGAACACUGACGGUGGUGGAUGGAUUGUUUUCCUCAGACGCCAGAGUGGUAAACUUGAGUUUUUCCGCAACUGGAAGAAUUACACGGCUGGCUUCGGUGAUAUGAAUGAUGAAUUCUGGCUGGGUCUUUCAAACCUUCAUAAGAUCACAGCUGGUGGUCAGUAUGAGCUGCGAGUCGACCUGAGAGACAAGGGAGAAACAGCCUACGCUCAGUACGACAAGUUCUCUGUCUCUGAACCUCGGACCCGCUACAAAGUCCACGUAGGAGGAUACAGUGGAACAGCAGGUGACUCUAUGACCUACCACCACGGUCGUCCAUUCUCCACUUAUGACCAUGACAAUGACAUUGCUGUUACCAAUUGUGCCCUGUCCUAUAAGGGAGCAUUCUGGUAUAAAAAUUGCCACCGUGUCAACCUCAUGGGACGAUAUGGAGAUAACAGUCACAGCAAGGGUGUAAACUGGUUCCACUGGAAAGGCCACGAGCACUCAAUUGAGUUUGCCGAGAUGAAGAUCAGGCCAUCCAACUUUAGAAACCUGGAGGGGAGGAGAAAAAGAUCAUAAAUGAUCCACCGCCAUCACCACCACCACCAACAACAACAACAACACUGCUCCUACUCACUCUGGACGUCCCAUAAACCACCUCAACUCCCACACCCACACAACCUGCAGCAACCAAAGCCACUGCCAAGAGCCCCACUUUCUGCCUCCACGCAAAACCAACACACCUUCCCUCCUCUCAUUGGCUUACAGAUCAGCCUCGACUCCAUAACCCCCUUCCCCUGUGAUACGGCGGUGGAAAUGCUGCCAGUGUGGAAAUCAACUUGCAUGUAAAAAAAAAAAAAAGACUGGACUUAAAUCAAGCCCACACAGAUUCUACUCACGCACCAAAGAGAGCAAAAACAACUCCGUCUCACCCGAUUCUGAUCCUUUCUCUUGUGUUGUAGCAUUUGUGAGGAGGCUAGUGUUCAGCUUGGGCAUUAUGUUGUGUACAGUAAUUAAUACAAUUCGCUAUUUCACGUCCAAGCCACAUUUAGAGUUUAACAGAAAGGACAAGUUGUUUAUAGUAUUAUGUGGUCUUGUUUAGGUUCAGGGCUUCUUUUCAAAAACUGAUAAUACAGUGAUCAUUCAACUGGAUUAUCCUAGACAUGUUAUUCCUUGUACUGUACAUGAAAACAUCUGAUUGAAAUAUAAGAAUAAGGGAAAUUCCUCAGAUGGCACUGCUCAGAUGUCUCAUAUCUUCAUUUAACUUGCCAUUUGUUUGUCUUUGUGCGACUAAACUGGUCUCAGUGUCACUUUAUACUCCCCAGGUUCCCCCAUCUCCCACAAUAUAAUCUGUUGUGAUAAAAAUUGAAAUGAAAAGACAAAAAGUUCCAUGCCCACAUGGGUGGCAAUGUUUCCAUUCAUCAUGUGAGCCCCUGAAGGCAUCAUGCCAUAGCCACAAUAUUGUGUUUUAAAAAGCUAAAGAACAGAGAAAAGAAAGCUGAUGUUUUUCAAUUUGUUUUGUUUGUUUUAUGAAUCCGAGGCAGGACCUGUUAUUCAGUAUAUAAUGAAACGCAGAUGAAAUGCGGUGAUUACAUUUUUUUCCCUUUCUUUUUGAAAAAUGUGAAUACAGUGCAUACAUGUGGAACAAGAGAAUGUCAUGUGUGGUUCAUGCAAAAAAUGUUGAUGCUCAAAACAUACUACUAAACCACUGACCAUCUUAUGAAUGCCUGCGUAAAUUAAGUUUGUUUUUAUUGUUUUGUUUGUUUAUAACUGGGUAAACUGUGGCUCUGUAAACUGUAUUACAAUAAAACAGUUCAUUUAA